AUGGAAUCAAUAAAUACUAAGCGUAAAUUAAAAAGAACUCGUAGAAAUCUCAAUGAAAUAAGAAAACGAGCAUAUCAAAUUAACAAUUCGACUUUCAAUACAAGAUUUAAAACGAAUGUUGGUGUCGAUAAGAAACGUGAUCCUUUUAAAUCUUCUAUUUUCAUAACAAGCAAUCGUUUGACAUUACUUAAUAAAACCGUCACAUCAAAAACUGUAACUAGGUCCUUUGUAUAUAAAACAGAAUGUUCGGAUGGGAAUACAUAUUUAGUUAAUACUCAAUGUCAGUUAAAAUGUGAUAAUAAUGAAGAUUGUAACAGUGAUAAGAUUGACAGAAAAACUAAGGGAAGUGUUUCAAAUGGUGUUCACUUAUUUAGGCCCUUAAAAAGAAUUAAUUCUGAUUCAUCUGAUACGGAUCAAAAUAAUUCAUUUAGAUACUCUGUAAAGUCAGACUCUUUGUCUUCAGAAUUACAAUCAGAUUAUGGUGAACAUGGUUAUGUGAGAUUUAUGAAUGAUAUUCCAAAAUAUAUAUAUCAAACUGCACCCAUUUUGCUUAAAACUGACACUGUAGAAAAGAAAAUAGAAUCUCUUAGGAAGCUCUACUUAGAAUUUGAUAAUAAUCAGAAUUAUGAACAAAUUACAAAAAAAUAUGAAUUUACAAAUGACUUUAAUUCCUCUACAAUGGAAAAUAUAAUAGAAAAUCCAAUAAGCUACUUGGGGUGCUCUUAUCCAAAAUCAGAAAUUGUAGAUAUCAAAGAUGAUGAAUCAAGCACUGCAAAUAGUUUUUCCUCACUUAUUACAUGUCCUUCACCUAUAACCCUAUAUACCAUUGACUGUGAUUCACCAGAAUACCCCUACUAUCCACAUAAACUUAAUGAA